AUGUCUCGACCAGGUCUCGAGCACCGCCCGUCCAGCGUCGCGGUCGCCACAAAGAGCAUCAUUCUGGUGACGGGAGGCAACACCGGCAUUGGUUAUGAGAUUGUCAAGAAGCUGGCCCUGGAGAACCCCAACUUCCAAGUCCUCAUGGGCUGCCGUGACACCAACAAGGGCGAAGAAGCCGCUGCGAGCAUGGGAGCGCCAGCCAACGUCAACCCCAUCCAGCUAGACAUCACCGACGACGAAUCCAUCGAGCACUGCUACCUCGCCAUCAACCAGCACUUUGGUAAGCUUGACGUGCUCAUCAACAACGCGGCCACCGCAGCCCAGCAUCUGCCACCCACAGCCACUCUACGCGAGAAGUACGACCUCACACAUAGCGUCAACGUCACCUCGACCGCUGUCUUGACAGAACGUCUGAUCCCCCUGCUGCAGAAAUCGAGGCUACCCAAAAUCAUCUUUAUCUCCACCGGUCUCGCAAGCCUUACCGCCACCGCCGAGGCCAAAGGCCAUAGAUCUUCUGCGGUGUGGUAUAGCGCAAGCAAGAGCGCCGUCAAUGCCGUCAUGGCCUUCUACGCAAAGACGCAUCCAACUUGGAAAGUCAACGCCAGCGACAUCCCAAGCAUGGAGCGGUGA